UUUAUCAAUUCGCAUCCCGAUCUCGAGAUGUUGGAAAACGGCAAGUGCAAGUGCAAAAUUACUGGGCAUGAGAUGUUGCCGAAGAAAGACAUUGUGGAGGCUCAUAUCAGCGGCAAGAAAUAUCGACAAGCAAAGGCAAAACAACAAGCAGACGAGUUUGACUGGAAGCAGUACGAGCCAAACAUUGUGCAGAGCAAGAAGGAUCCGACCAAAUUGUUCUGCCAUCUCACCAAGACUUCACUAAACAAAACGCCUGAGGAGAUCAAAUUGCAUGUGAAUGGUCGACGAUUUCGAGCGCGUCUGGCUGAGAGAGAAGAGCUGCUUGCUCGCAAAAGAGAACGG